GUGCGGUGGCAGUAACCAACGUACACACACCCGGACUCCAGGCGGCAGCGCCGGUCUCCCUCCAGCCGCGCUGUUUCCUCGGGUGGUUCGCCGCAUCCCGCGGGUGUAGACGGGGAAGGGCUAUGAACCUGGGUUCACCACUUUAUCAGUUAUCCCAUUACCCAUCUCUUGGACCAGGUCAGAAAUCAGACAUGACAAGAGAUGGAUUAAAACUUGAAACUGAAAUUUUGAAUGGAAAACCUAGGCUAAUUUUGGCUUCAUAUGUGGGUAAAUCAAAAUCCACAGUUAAGAUGGGUAAUAAAGCUAAAAUCCUCAAACAUUCAUUGAGAACAACACAGUCUGGACAUGUUCUGAAAUCAACACAAAAUUCCUGUGUCAAGCAUGAACAUAUUUUAGCAAAACCCAGAAGUGGCUCAAGAUGGUCAGCAAUAAAAGGUGAAAAAACCUGUGUGACUUUGUCAUCAUCUAAAGAUUCAUCAAAGGAAUUCUUAAAUAAAAACCAUGCUUUGAUUAUCCAAAAAGACAACACAACUGGAAUGCCGGAUUUACAGAACCCUAAUAAAAUUGCUGUUAAAAAGCCCAAAGAGAAGUCUCAAAAACCUCAUAUCUCAGGUGAAGAUCUAAGGAACAGUUUGGUGUGUUUAACACAAGAGCAACUUGAACAGAUUCUGAUAACUGUAAAACAAGGAACCAAAAUUGAGUCCCAGGCCCAGGAGGAAAAGCAAGAAGAAACAAGCAAAAACAAACACUCAAAUAUUAGCACUGCUGCUAAUCAGGCCCCACAAGAGGAGAACAUAAUGGGAUUACUCCAAAAAGCUGAUGAAGUUUCAUCUGUCCCAAAUGAAAAUAAUUAUGCCUCAAGCAGAAAACAAGCAGCAUCUGAGCAGGCUGAACAGAAAGUUAUUAAGAAUUCAUGGAAACCAGCUGACAUAUUUAGUACCCUAGGUGAAAGAGAAGGGGAUAAAAUUUUGUUAGAAGCAAAGAAGUCCCAGUGGAAGAAGGAACUAGACGAACAGAUAGCUUUAAAGAAGAAAUUAAAAGAAACUUUGGAGCGACAGACAAAAUACUACCAUUGGGAGAAAACGGAUGGUGAUGGUGAUAAAACCCAUUUGGAAAAACUGGAGACAGUUAAUCAAGCUAAAGCUGAGGAGCAUGAGAGAUGGGCAGUGCAUUUUGAUUCUUUAAAGAACUACCCUCGUGCUAAUCCACAACACCCCAUUAAUGGAACAUACACCAAGCAGCCUGAAAAUCUUUGCCUGUCCCCUGAAUCUCAGGCCCUGACUGCUGUUAUUCAUCCUUUUACACCUCCAGCUUUAGGCCACCUCAUACAUUCAAAGGUGGAGAAUGUACAAAAAACCGUUGAGAACACUACUACGGAACAAAGUCAAAAAGCCAGUUUUCUCCGGUCAAUGACCGCUCUCUUGGAUCCUGCACAAAUUGAGGAAAGAGACAGGAGGCGGCAGAAACAGUUAGAACAUCAGAAAGCUAUAAUGGCUCAAGUAGAGGAAAAGCGAAGGAAGAAGCAGCUGGAGGAAGAGCAAAGAAAAUGGGAAGAACAAGAAGAAGAACACCGCUUAGCACGAGAACGAGAACUGAUGCAAAAACAGUUUGAAGAGGAUAUGUUCAAACAGAAACAAAAGGAAGAAAUCAUGACUCUUAAAACAAAUGAGCUCUAUCAGACAAUGCAGAGAGCACAAGAACAGGCACAGAGAUUAAAACAGGAACAACGUAUUCGAGAGUUGGCUCAAAAAGGACAUGACAUUUCAAAACUGCAAAAGAAUCUUGGUGGUGGCGGCGGCGGCAGCGGUGAUAAAAUAUGUGACCUUUCAAAUGUAAAUCAUGAUCAUUGUUCUGAUGAAGUGAGCAGUAAGAUGCAUCAAGAUGUAAAAACCGAAACCUCUCCUCGGAAAGAUACUGCUGUGCAGACAGAUGACUUUGACACCAGAGCGUACAUCAGAACUGAAACAUGUACUGAGCCAGUUGUAGAAAGAAGAACUGUGGACUGUACAUCUCCAGAUAUGUCCAUAGAAUAUAAAGAGAAAUUUAACAUCAAAAAAUGCAAGAAAGAAAUGCAGUAUCCAGAUAAAAAGAAAAUAUCAGAAAAAGAGAAUAAUGGCAGUUACACUGAUUUAUAUAAUCAAUUUGCAAGAAAAGAGAAACAAACAAAACCUAUGGAAAAAUAUGGAAAGAGACCUGACUGGAACAUAAACAAACCUGGGAAAAGGUAUAUUCCAGCAUCAGAAAGAUACCCUAGACGGCUACAGAAGCAAAGGGAGGAAAAGAAAGUAAGACGACAGAUAGAGCUGCUUCAAUUGGUAGAAAGAAAUACUCCUGGCAAACUCUGUCAAAAGAAAGAAGUCUCUCCAGAAAGGUCUCCUUCAUCUCACCAGGAAACUAAUACAAAGAAUAAGGGACAUGCAGUAACAAAGGAAGAACAAUCUCAGUGGAGUCAUUUGAAUGAAGAAAGAUCUGAAUCACCACCUGUUCCAGCAGUUAAAAACAGAUUACACCAAGUACAACAAAGGCAGAUAAAUACUUCUAAUUUCCCAAUUCAGAAUGGCAAUAGUGGAAGAGGGAAAAAUAUCAACACAGACAUGCAACAGAGGAAAUCAUCUUCUCCAGUUAUUGAACCUGAACGGCCACCCUCUUCUCAUUUUAUUCCCUAUGUGCGAACAAAUGAAAUUUAUUACCUUGAUCCAGAUGCACCAAUGACUAGACCUUCAACACAUGAUCCACAGUAUCGACAGUUUAAUGAUUCUUGCCAUACACCACGACAGAUUUUUAGCUCUGAUCAUGUGAGAGAUCCACUUCUUAAUCCUAAUGUGGUGAAAAACAGAGACCGACAACAGGCAAUCCUCAAAGGACUAUCAGAAUUACGCCAGGGUCUCCUCCAGAAGCAGAAGGAAUUGGAGACUGGUCUAGUUCCAACCAUAAAUCAAGAAGAAAGCUUUAUUUCACCAUUUUAAAAAAGGCACAAAGCUUUAUUCAGUGCACAGAAUGGACCUGCUAUAGGGAUCAACCAAGGUUGUGUACUACAGGAGACUUAGCUGCAGGAAUCAGCUUCCUUUGUUGCAGAAAUCUGAAGGUGUGUACUGAAUGAGGCAAGGCACUACAAGAAGAGAAAGUAUUGUGUUUAAGGGAGUUGACUACUUGCCAGAGAAUUGGAUUCUAUCCCUUCCUCUGCCACAGAGUUCCUACAUAAGGCUACACAAGUCAUUUACAGGAAAGGUCAUUCAUCCUGUGUAAUAACUGUAGUUCUUCAAGAUGUGUCCCCCACAGUGCUCAAAUGCCCAUGUGCCUUCAACUGGUGAUUUCAUUAGCAGUGCUUGUUUAAUCUAUGCAUCUGCCCUAUGCAUCCUUGUGCCCCACACCUAGACUAUAUAGGGCUGUAUGAGUGAACCACCCCUUAGUUCCUGCUCUACUGCAAAGUCCCACAAAGAAAACUCCAAAGCAGAGAAGGGAGGAGGACAGGUAGUAGAGCACCGGGGGGGGGGGAAGGGGGGAAAGAAGAGACACAUAUUGAAGAAUUACAGUCACUGCACAGAGUAAAAAGUUUCCUUCUUUGAGAAGUGUCCUAAGGGUACUCCAAUUCAGGUAACUUUGAGCAGCAUCCCCAGGAAGAGAGUGCUUUGGAUAAGAAUCUAGUACAGAUGACAGAACUACACUGCCACAUCAGUUCUAGAGGCAUGGACCAAGAGGCACAGUGUUUGGAGAAAGCAUGUAUUGAAGACCACAUACCAGUCCUACAGACUUCAAGUACUGGAACAUCCUUAAGGAAGGCCAUCGAUGUUGAUUGAGACCUAGUGGGAGUAGGCUAGAACCUUAGCAGGAGGCUGGACAUUAGCAACCUCAUCGCACACAAUAAUAUAGAUCCCAAAAUCCACCUUGACAGUCUCUGGGUGCAAACACUGGAACCUUUAGAUCUGUUGGCAAUGGAGACAAAUGGUCGAGGAGACUUCUGAAAUGGUUUGGUCCUAUUGAGAUAAAAAGCCAGUUCUCUUCUGGAGAUCAGAGGUAUGCAGAAAAAGCUUCCUGACCAGAGUUUGGGGGCUGGGGGUGGAGGGUGUAAAAUGUAUGGUUUGGUUCAGAUGAAACUCCGAUAAUACCUUAGGAAGGAAUUUGGGCUGUACAAGUUCAGAAACUCCUUGAAAAUACUGUAAAGGGAGGAUGCACUAUGAAGGCCUCAAAAUUUCCCAAUUCUUCAAGCCAAUAUAAAGAAUCUUUAGGUUGGGAUACAAUUUGCAUCUUAAGAGAAGCAAAGCAUGGAAGAUUACUGAACAAGGAGACAAUUAAAAACAGGUAAUGUUGUUUUAUACCAUGCUUGUCUUGGCCACAUAGUUAUCCUGAUAGCCUAUCAUUUGUCCUGCCUGAUCUUGUUCUUCACCUUUAGAAUCCGAAGUGUUGAGAAAAAUAUGGAAAUUACAUGCCCCUUUGUCUAAGGAAGGAGAAAGGCAUCUGCCAAAGGCCACCUCCCCCAAACAGAGCAGACAACACUUCCUAUUUGUGGAAGAGGCAAAGAAAGCCACCUCCAGGCAGCUCCACAUUCAGAAUAUAGCGUCCAGGAUCAAUGGUCUCGCUCUCUUUCAGAGUCCUGGAAGAGGCCUCUGCUGAGAGCAUGGGCCAUGAUGUUUUGUAUUCCAGGAAGUUGCACUGUUGAAAUGUGAAUAUGAUGGGCUAUACCUCAAUUCCAUAACUUUUUUAUUUCAGUACAGAGAGAUAUGCAUCUCGCUCUGCUCCACGGGUUAAUAUGAAACAUGCAAGCCUCAUUGUCCAUCAAGAUUUUGAUCUACCUCUGAGGGAAGUGCAAGGCGGAGACAGACAUUUCUGACUGCCUGUAGUUCCACCAAGUUGAUGUGGAGACUGGUCUCCUGAGGUGAUAAUGUCCCCUGGACUGUAUGAACACAGAUAUGCACUCCAUCCAAAUAGCAAUGCAUUCCAUAGUAUGGUGGCCAUCAGUACUGGCCCAAGAAAUGUCGGUCCCGACAUUGUGGUGAUUCUGCUACCAGUCUAGGGAAUCUUUCACCUGUCAUGGAACAGAAAUUUGUUUAAAUCGAAGCUGGGUCUCAUGAGCUAUCCUGAGCCACCCGUAACAUUGCAUGACGAAGGUGCAAGCUGCCAUGUGAGCUGGAAGCUGCAUUUCUCUUUAGUAGGAGUAAUUAACUCACAGAGUGAGUUAAUGUAGAACCACGACAGACAACUGCUCCUAAGCAAAGGAGGGAUUUUAUUUCCUUUCUUAGUAGGAACUCAUGAAACGGGUCCCUGAAGAGGAAUGGGGGCUGUGAAGUGGAUGACACAGACCAACAUAAUCAUUUCCAAAACCCAUCUGUCUGUGGUAAUCCAGUCCCAUGCAUGUUAGAAAUGGGAGAGCUGGCUUCCAAAUGGGGGGAGGCAGGCAGGCAAACUGUUGUAGCUGGCAGGCUAGAGUGAAGAGGCUUCACACCCUCAACCAGCAAACAAAACUGAUGCUUUGAUAAUGAAGCUAGUUGUGUACUUGAACCAGGUAAGUUUAUGGUUCUCUUCCUUUGGAACCCGAGCUUCUUUCUUGGUGGUUCAGUGGGUCUCUAGAACCUGGAGAAAUGUAUCUGAUGGGAUCACUAGGCAGUGUGUGAUCUACCACUAAGCUCUCUCUCUUGAUUGCAGGGGUAUAAAUUCUCAGCAACCGCAGACUGGCUCUGGAGUCUUUCAGAGUAUGGAGGGACUUAUUUGUGUUCUCUGAAAACAACUUAACCCCACCUAAGGGAAAGUUCUUCACCAUACUUUUGGUCUUUUUGGGAAACCAGACAGCUGAAGCCAUGAUGCCCUGUGCAUGACUGCUAUCAGAAAGAUGAAAUGGGCAACACAGUGUCUACAGCAUCCAAGGACACUUGGAAAGAUGUCUGGGCUGAUAAUUGUCCUUCGGCAGUGAAAGCUUAAAAUUACUCUUUGUUCCAAAGGGAGGUUCUCAAUAAAUGCUUACACUUUGUGUA